CCAAACCUCACCCAUACAGAGAGAGAGAGAGAGAGAGAGAGAGAGGGAGCUAGCAAGCUGUAGAGAGAGAUAGAGCGAUAGAGAGAGGGAGAAAGGGAGAGAAAGGGAAAGAGAGAGGCGUACAUCGGGUUGGAGCUCCGGAGCGGAUCUGUGAUAUUGGACACACUGCAUAAUGCGUGAAUACAAGUUAGUAGUCCUCGGCUCUGGAGGUGUCGGCAAGUCUGCACUGACUGUUCAGUUUGUUCAAGGGAUCUUUGUGGAGAAGUAUGACCCUACAAUAGAAGACUCGUACAGGAAGCAAGUGGAAGUGGAUGGCCAGCAAUGCAUGCUGGAAAUUCUGGACACUGCAGGGACGGAACAAUUCACAGCCAUGAGGGACCUGUACAUGAAGAACGGCCAGGGCUUCGCACUAGUAUACUCCAUAACGGCACAGUCCACAUUCAACGACCUGCAGGACUUGAGAGAACAGAUCCUGCGAGUUAAAGACACUGACGACGUGCCAAUGAUCCUGGUGGGGAAUAAGUGUGAUCUGGAGGAUGAAAGAGUGGUGGGAAAGGAGCAGGGACAGAACCUUGCCCGUCAGUGGAACAGCUGCGCCUUCCUGGAGUCCUCCGCAAAGUCCAAGAUUAAUGUAAAUGAGAUCUUCUAUGACCUGGUCCGGCAAAUCAACAGGAAAACUCCAGUACCUGGGAAGACACGCAAAAAGUCCAACUGCCAGCUGCUCUAAUACACAGCUGUUCUGUCGCUCUGAGCCAGGUCUGAUUUGCUGCUGUGUCUCUCAGCAGUGCCAGCAUUCCGACGUUACUAAAACCUAACAUCGAAUGGACUUUCCUGUGUGGUGAUGCCCCUUUAACAAAACCAACCAACCGACCAAGCAAACCAACCAACCAACCAACCAACAGAUUCAAAGCUACAGUAUCAUGUUAGUUUUUUUGCACAUAGAUAACCAUGAUCACUUUCCAGUGUCGCAAGAAAGAGAUUUUUACUUAUAAAUAUAUAAAUAUAUAUUCUAACUGUAUGCAACUGAAAUAGAAAAGUAAUUACAUGGAUAAACAAAUAAAGAGCUAAAAGAAUUUUAAAAACACAGCGCCUACACACAGUGUUAUUGCUAACGGAGACAGCCACCGUUGCAAAUGUAUGGAGCGGGUGUUGAACCUGACUGUGCACGUUGCCAUGGCAAUUACAAUGAUGCGAUAUUUAUAAGCACCACUAUUUUAGCCAGAGAUGAGAGGAAGUCCAAAGAGCGCCUAUAUAGUCCAUUUCAUACAGCUAACUUCGCUCCUUGGUUUCUGUGCAUUUCUCUUUUGUUUUUUGUAACUUUUUCUUUUCUUUUUUGCUUUUAUUUUCUUCUUGAUUUUCUUUCUCUCUUUUUUUAAAGUUACUAGAAUUUGUUUCUGCUCUGCUGAGAUGGUAUAUCGCAAGAACUAUUGACAUGAGUUUUAUCUCUAGGAAAACCUGUGGAUUCAGUGAUGUACGUGUAAAAAGUAAAACAAAAAAUAUAUGUUUUCUGUCACUAUCAUGUUGUUCUUAGCCUCAAAUGUUGCCUUCAAAUAUGUGUUUAGAUCUUUUUUUUCCCUUUUCUUUUCAGGAGAAUCGAAACAAAAUGUAACAAAAAAUUACCAAAAAAAAACAAAGCAAACUCACAGCCCAUCUCAUGCCAUUUUUAUAAUUUUUUUGUCUCAUUUACGGAUAUGUUUGUACACUGGGCGGGGUUUCAAAAAGGGGCCACUUUUGAAAGGGACUUGGCGAUUUUAAUGCCUCAGCAGUGAGAGUCUAGGAUGGUCGUGAUGUCAUAAUGUAGCCCUCUAUGAUCUCACAUCUCGGCAGAGCUGACAGUUAAAAACAGUCCAGUCCCUCAUUACAGACUUUUCCCCUUGUCUACUACAGGAGGUAUACAGUAUAUAUUUUAAAGAACUGGGGGGGUUUUAAUAUAAAAUAAAAUGGAACAAAUGUCAUCAGUCCAGUUACUGUAGAUUUUCACUGUGUGUGACUCCGCCCCACCCAGCCCUUCCCCUUCCCUUUUGCCUGCGAAUACAUCUGGUAAACCGAGGAUAUGAAAACCAGAUAUUGGAUCGUUUUCCAGUAAAGAAAAUAUCUUGCCUGUUAGUGACUGUUUCACCUUUGUAAUACUUGGUUUGACCUGUUUUCUGUCUGCGUUCCUGUGGGGUUAACUGUAGUGAAUGUCGGGGUGGGGACCUUGCGCUAACGAGCAGGGAGAAAAGGGAACAAUGAAAGAAGAAGAAAUAAAUCAGAAAAAAAAACAAUGACCAUGUUGUACCAAGUGCAAUCCUACGAGGCAUUCAUAAAGUAUUCAUAAGCGCUGGGUGAACUGGAACACAGUGACUCGCAGUCUCUAACCACCGUCGGCGUUUCCCCCCAGCGCCAGCAUCCGCACUCUGCAUUUUGAGACUGAAUAUAAUGUACAGUUUAUGUGCAUAAUGAACGCUUUAUGCAUGCGUUCUGUGAGGAACACAACAGCGAUGGACGCAGGUUAACCGAUGUCUGAUCCUCGUCUGAUCCUGUAAGCAAAUGCCUUGUUACAGUUUUGUUCAUAAGAGAAGGAAAAAAAAAAUUUUAAGCAAACGGGCACAAGCAGUAAAAGGAGACAUCUCGCUGAUGUCUAAACCUUGGCCUGAGAGAGAUAGAACCACAGUAUUUGAAAUGCAACAUCUGCUUAAUUAAUAGUGGGGUGGGGUGGGAGGGAUUGGGAGGGGGGGGAUGGGUGGCCAAAUGUAAACUUAAAAGCCUUAAUUAAAGUGGUGCAAUUUUGUAUAACCGAGCAUCUGUAGUUCAAUAAAUUGGAUUGCCAUGCAAGGGCUUGCAAGAAGCCAAUUUUGCCACUUGGAUGUUUGUGUAUUGUUUCAGAGUUCUUCUGUCAAUAAAAAUCAGUUUAACAUUU